AAUUAACACGGUACAGUCUUGGCGAUUGGCCCAACACUAAUGUUGCAAGGAACACAUGUUUAACACAGUCAUCGGGGGUGUGAUGCCUUGGAAAACUCAUGUGUUGUAUUUCCUAUUAACAGCGACUCUGUCGUCCAUAAAACUCAAUGAUGGACGGACUGCCGAUGUCGGGACUGUUUUGCAAAGACCCGCAGAAACUAUGUCAGCUCUUUCUCCUCGUUUUGGGACAGUACAAGGCAGUCUUCACUUCAGAAGUGUGAAACAUGAAUCUGCGGCCCCAACUCGAGGCGGAUCACUUGCUCUUAGGUUAGAUAAUCAAAAGCCGACGACAGCGUUGCACAGUUUGAUGGAUGCAAAACUCAAGCGCAUGGAUCCAUCAGUGCAAUGUGGUGACAACUUGAUGACUUUGAAGGUCAAACAGACCAGAGCUCCUCGUUUUCUUGUGGAUAGUGGUGAGGGACCUAUUCCUCUGUCUCAAAUGCCCUCAAGCUGUGGCUAUUUUGUGAAGAGGUCCCGCAGAGAUGUGCUCUUUGCUGCACCUUACCAGGGCUGCCAUGUUACCCAACAGGGUGGCAAUUAUGUACUACCACUGCGUCUAUCAGGGGCACCAAUGACAAUGUCUUGCCCAAUUGUGUCACCACUACCCUCCAUUUCCUGUUUCCCAACUGGAAUGGUGCUCAAGAUUGUUGGUGUAACAGCAAGUGAACUCAAAGUUAAAGUGUCUGGCACUUGGAAGUCCCUUUCAUCCGUCUGCAGCAGUUGUGGAUUUGCUGUUGAAGAGCUCUCUGGAGGACUUACGCUCACUGCACCCUACCCCGGAGGCUCGUGCAUAGAAAUGAAGGAUGAGGAGUAUUUACUUUCUCUCCUGUUGGCGGAUGUUGAGCUCUUAGUCACAUGCCCUUCAUUACCGAGCGUUAAGCCUACAACAGCAACAACUACGCCUUCUAGUGAUGGUGGUCAGUUCCCACAGUAUCCUCUGUACCCUCAGUUCCCGAUUUUUCCACAACACCCAGUGUUUCCUGGGCCCUCUCCUCAAACACAGAGUCCCACUGCUCCCACAGAUGCACCGGCACCACAACUUCCACAGCUUCCUUCAAGUGCUGGUGCAGACUCCGGGCCUGACACUGAAAACCAAGAAGUGCCUGCAGCUCAGCAACCUGCAUUCCCGUUCAUGCCACAGUAUUCACAGUUCCCUCAGUUCCCCUUGUUUCCGAGACCUGUGCCACCAAUACAGUCUACAGCUGAUAAAAACACUGCUGCUCCUCCGGCACAAUUACCUCAGAUAAUGCAGUCUCCACAGUAUCUCUAUCCUUUUCCCCCACAAUUCCCUAUGGUACCUGGAAUUUUCCAUUCAACAACCACUCCUCCUCCUGCCACUAGCGCAGAGGUUUUGGUAACCACACCUGCCCCCACUGAGCAUGAUGGGAAGCCUAAUUUUCCCCAGCAGCCACAGUUUCCAGUGCUCUCUCCAUAUCCUUUCUUGCCAUUCCCAAAUCGCCCAGUGUCUCCAGGAGAUCAACCCCAAGCUGUUCAGGAUCCCAAACCUGUUCCCCAGCAGCCCAAACCAUAUGUGUAUCCCCAGACUUAUCAGAUCCCCAUGUUUUAUCCACCUCAAAAGCAAAGUACUCAAUCUCAAACUGCAGCUCCUGCCACCACCUCAACAACCACUGCAACUACAACUCUAAAGCCUUCUAUUCAAAAGCCAUUUUACUACCAACACCCUUAUAUGCCACUUUAUUAUGCUCCUCCUCAGCAGCCUGUAUUUCCGGAUACUCCAACCACACCUCCUCCUCCUCCUGCCACUAGCGCAGAGAUUUUGGUAACCACACCUGCCCCUACGGAGCAUGAUGGGAAGCCUAAUUUUCCCCAGCAGCCACAGUUUCCAGUGCUCUCUCCAUAUCCUUUCUUGCCAUUCCCAAAUCGCCCAGUGCCUCCAGGAGAUCCACCCCAAGCUGUUCAGGAUCCCAAACCUGUUCUCCAGCAGCCCAAACCACAUGUGUAUCCCCAGACUUAUCAGAUCCCCAUGUUUUAUCCGCCUCAAAAGCAAAGUACUCAAUCUCAAACUGCAGCUCCUGCCACCACCUCAACAACCACUGCAACUACGACUCUAAAGCCUUCUAUUCAAAAGCCAUUUUACUACCAACACCCUUAUAUGCCACUUUAUUAUGCUCCUCAGCAGCCUGUAUUUCCAGAUCAUCCAACCACGCCUCCAACUCCUGCUUCAGCUGAUCAGAAUCAACACCACACAAUGUCCCCUUCUUUAUCCUUUAGGAAUUGGUGAUGGCACUGCUGGUGGUUCCCAGGAACAUUACAGACUUCCCUUCAUACGUUUUGGUCACAGAUUUGGCUAAAUGGAUUGCCACGUUGUUGAAGGGCAAAUAGCUUCUUUUCUUUUUUUGCCUAUAGCAUUUAGCAAGAGGGAUUCGAAAUGUACAUUUUCCUGAGAGGACAAAUAAAGGACAAUAUUAUA